AUGAACAACCAAGAGGCUGGUGCUCUCUGUUGCUGGAGAUGUAGAAAAUAUAUAGCAAAUUCUGUUUUUCUUGCAAAAUGUAGUGGGAAAAAAACACCCAAAAUAUCACAACCUUCAGCUGCUGCUCAGAAUUCUUGCAAUGUAUGGCAUGUGAGCUUAGAAGCCAUUCCAGAGUGGGUGAAAUGUGUGAUUGAAAAGGCUCAGUGGACAAUUGGAAAACUGCACUGUCCAUUCUGUGAGGCCUGCUUAGGGGGCUUUAAUUUUGUUUGCAACAAAGAAUGUUCCUGUGGACGGUUAGUAAAUAUACAUUUCUUCAAAAUUGGGACUGAGGAUCUGCCACCUUUCUCUGUUAAAUUGUCAAAAUCAUCAGAGAAACAUUUGCUUCUCAAAAUUCAGUCUGGUUUUAACAAGGAUACUUGCCAUGAAGUGGUAACUGCAACUUUGGAAAUCAUAAAUCAAGGGCUUUCAUACACAGCUGGAAGUAAUAAUGGUGCUGGAAGAUUAACAGAAGCACUUUGUCUAGAAGUAAGAGCUCCCAGAUAUGAGGUAGAAAGUAAAAAACUUCCCUUAAAGACAUUAAAUCAAAAAAGAAAUCUCCCUUCUUCCUAUCCUAUAAAAGAUGCAUGCACUGUAAAACCUUUUCACAGAUCAUGUAGCUUGGACUUAAAUAUUAGAGAAAGACUUGUUUUGUCACCUGUGUUAUAUGAAACUUGCGGCAUGGGACAACUUUACCACAGCCAAAGUGAAAAUUCACCUGCUUUUGUACAAGGGAGCUUGCAAUUAGAGGCCAGUAGAAAAGAUGGUAGUUCUUUUCAGGAUCUGUAUAGUUCCAGGGCUGAGAUACUACAAAACCAAUUUCAAGUUACUUCUGUUACCACAUUACUACACAGAGACACUGAAAGUGAGUGUGAUUUUGAAGUUACUGGACAAUCUUCUGGUAGUGUCAUUGCUGAUGGGUCACCAUUUGUGAUGAAUCUUUCCUCGCCUACAAGGGCUGUAGAAGACAAACAAUACAUCACACCUGGUGGUCUUGUGCAGCCUACGAGUACCUCCUUCAACCAAAAGCUGAGUAAGAGAGAAAGAAACAAGUCAAAAAGCCUGAGGAGAAAACAAAGAAGGCGAGAACAAUGUCUACAGAAGCAGCCUGCAAAUGAUAACCUGCAUACAGAUGAUGAGCAUGAACUCAGAGGAGAUAAAGAAAGCUAUCUCUGUGCUGUGUGUCUGGAUGUUUAUUUCAACCCUUACAUGUGCUAUCCCUGCCACCAUAUCUUUUGUGAACCUUGCUUAAGGAUGCUUGCCAAAGACAAUCCAGCCAGCACUCCAUGUCCACUGUGUCGCACUACAAUUGCCAGAGUCUUUUUCCAAACAGAUCUGAAUAACUCUACCAGAUCUUUUUUCCCUAUGGAAUAUUUGAAUCUAAAGGAAAAUUUUCAAAAAUCCAAUUCUGCUAAAUGGCCUCUACCAAGCUGCAAGAAAGCAUUCAGAGUUUUUGAAGCAGGUUUUCGAAGGCGCUCAAAUACUGUGACCAGGAGGCAUUUCCCACAUGCUGCUCACAGGAUGGACUUCAUGGACUUCGAGGAUGAUAGCCGUGGAUGGCGGUUUGAUAUGGACUUGGUGUUUCCAGGCAUCUUUUGUCAGAAAUCAUCCGGGGGCAUGGUCUGGUUCUUAACAUAUUCUGAUAAUUCUCAGUACUGGUGCUGUUAG